AUCCUAAAGUUUAUUGUUGAUUCACAUCUGCGAGAGCAGUGGAUGAAGACAGCUCGAAGGCAAAAAAGGUGGAGAAAAUGGGGGGCGGAUCCAGUCUAUGUCUGUGGUUACCAAUGAGGAGAAGCAGAAGCAGUAGCAAAGACCGGACUCCUACCCUCAUCUUCAGUAAGAGGCUAACCUUUGGCGAUCUCCUCACCGGAAAGCUCAGGGUUCCUUCACUUGUUUUUUUACCGAAGAAACAUGAAGGAAAACAUGGCAGGAUGAUGGUACCAUUUGUGGACAGUAAGGGAGAGUUCUGGGAGCUGGAGGCUACACCACAAUGGUUUUCAUUGAACCUGGACCAAUUUGUGAAGGCACAUGGAUUGAAAUGCGACGAUGUGAUUCUUUUCUACGAAGAUGGCCCCAAUUCUAGGUACUACGUCAUUGACUAUGAAAGAACUGGGUGCUGAGGAGAGAGGUGCAGUCAGAAUGCAGGUUUCUUCAUUGGCUUUUGGUAUUAGGGCUUGCCAAGUUGUAUCUCUCUUGAACUUGAACUUGAACUUUUCAUUCAUGUCAUUCUAUUCCAUCAAAUAAA